GCCCCGAGCAGCUGCCUCCAAGGUCCAUUCUUCGGAGGGAGAUUUAUUGCAGCGAGCAGAGGCACCGGGAUGCGGUAAUUGCCUUCAUUCCCGGACGAAGACCCCGGAGAACAAAAGCCAGUUGCCCGUGAAUCCGUGGCGUGCUUCAAGCAUUCGCCGGGAGGGAGGAGUGGGAGCCGAGCGCGGUCGCUGCAGCCCAAGCGACGAAGCGAAGGGGAGCUCGGCAGAGGGCGGCUCAGCCCCGGGGCGGGGAGCGCUGCCGGCCCCUGGAGGUGGCCCCGGCCUCCAGCCCCGCCGGCCGCCCCCGGCCCUGGGGCUGCCCGGCCCGCCCGGUGCCGGGGCGGGGGAGCCGCGGAGCGGAGCGGAGGAGACCGGCGGCGGAGCGGGCAAGGGGUGAAAGCUUACCAGUUGGUCAGCAUGUUUAGGAGAGACUCGAGAUCUGAUUCUUGGUUCUUCAGCUUUCUGCUUGGUAGUCUGUCCAGGAGUUUCUUGGUCUUUGCAGCCCCUGCUGAGAAUCAGACUUCUAAAGGCUUUGCUCCGGUCACGAUAGAGACCUCAAGACACAUGUACGAAUAUGUGGCCACUCCUUUGGACUGGUGGCAUGCAGACAGAUAUUGUGACCAGCGCUUUGCCCAGCUGCUUUUCGAACCCCCAGACAGUGAGCAAGCUUCCUUCAGCCGACUGCUGCAGUCCCACCACAUCAAAGGUUCCCUCUGGCUGAACGACAGGGAUGGUGUCCUGCACAAGCCAAAACGGAGACGGGACCAUGUGGUACCAGUCCUGGUGUUCAAAGACAAAACAGACACAAAGUACGUGAAGGUGCUUUCUGACUUCCCAGAACUGCCUGCUGUCACAGCCUGUGCCCACCUCCAGUGGGACACCAGGACCCAGGAGAUCGCCACCAUCUUCUCCUAUGCCGUGCCAGCUUUUAUUAAUGAAUUCCAGCUCCGUGGCUUUGUUGAUGAGGAAGGCUUUGUUCGAUUUGCUCUCAUUGUCCACGGGCACCAUUCCCCAUACCUGCCUGUGUUCCGUGCUGAUGGACAGUGGCAUCACUUCUGUGUGACCUGGCAGCAGGAAAAUGGGACCUGGGCCAUCUACGCCGAUGGUAAAAGGAGGGCGUCUGCCAGCGGUCUGUGUGCUGCGGGGCUGGCUGCCCCCCAGGCCAUCUACGGCCAGGGCACUUUCAUAAUCGGUCAGGAUCAAGAUUCCCUGGGGGGCACCUUCAGGGCGAAAGAGUCCUUCAGUGGGAACAUCACAGACUUGCACAUCUGGCAGAAAGUCCUGAGCGCGGAGCAGAUUGAGAAAGUUCGGUCGUGCUGGAUGGUAGAACAAGAGCUUGUGUUUGGGUGGAGCUCAAAUGCUCUGGAGGUGGAAAGCACCGUCCAGGAGGUGACCGCUCAGUUUCUUUGCCCAGGGCCUGUUGAGGAAUGCCGAGUUUUUGAAGUUGGCAGCAAUGGAUUCCGCUACAUGCCUUGUUUGCAGUCUUUGCCUUUUAUCUGUCGCUACAGAAAGGAUGCAUACUGGCAACUGAAAAAAGCUCAGCUGGAAUCCAGCCAUUCGCUUGUCAGCCGUGUGAACGCGCUUGCAGAGAGGACUGUGAUCCCCGAGAACAUCUUCAGGAGUGAUGUCCGAGACAUGAACCUCUCCGUCGCUCUCGGUUCUCUUGAUGUCCUGGCAGCUGUUCUGAGGGAAGGAGAGGCACCGGUGGAGCCCUCAGACCUGCUUGCGGUGCUUCUGUUACUAAAGCAAGUUUCCAAUGUGGAAGUCCGGGAAGGAGAGGAGCUGAAGAUACUGGAACAACUGAGCCGAUAUUAUGUGGAAGUGACUGAGUUAAUCCUGGAAGAGCACAAUAUUGAAACGUGGUUAUCAGUCAGCCAGGUUAUCAGAGGGCCUAUGGCUGUUGUUGAGCUCUGCGACAGAAUGGUGUCACUCCUAGCCCCACUGCUGACCGCAGGGAGGACGAAGAUCACAAUUCAGCACAGGAAUGUUGGGAUGGAGGUCAGGAAGCUGGAGCUGAGCAGGCCAGAGCUGAGCAGUGAGGCAUACCUGAUCCACAGCCCCGAAAAAGACAGGCCUGACCUCAUUGAAGUUCCUGAGGAAGAGAUGCAAAGGCUGAAAGCCAAAGGUCUCAGCAGGAUCACGGUGAAGAACAUGUGGUUUGGCUACGGCUCCCUCCAGCGCUGCCUGACCGGCCACGAUGGCCCCACGGCCUCCCAGGAUGUGGCUGCCUCCGACAGAGGACAGAAGUACCUGCGCACCGCGGUGGGCACCGCCGUCAUUUCGUCCACUCUGCUCAGCGACGACCAGGAGAUAAGCACGUCUGUGCGCUACCGCCUGCAGCACCACAUCGAGGAUCUGCCCGAUAAGCUGCCGGGGCCCAUCUGUGCCUUCUGGAACUUCAGCCUCAGCCCAGAUGCUGGCGGGAUGUGGUCGACAGCUGGCUGCUCUGUGGUGACUUCUCUCCCGGAUUCCACUGCCUGUUUCUGCAACCACACCACCAACUUUGCAGUGCUGCUGCAAGUGUACGAGAUGCAGAGGACCACCAAGGAGGAGAUCACACUACAGACCUUGACUUUUAUUGGAUGUGGAGUUUCCUUCUGUGCCCUGAUUGUUACCUUUAUUUUAUUCUUGGCAGUUGGUGUCCCCAAGAGUGAGCGAACAACUGUGCACAAGAACCUGAUCUUUGCCUUAGCUGCAGCAGAAGCUCUGCUCAUGUUCAGUGAACUGGCCAAGACCAACCAGGUGGUGUGUUUCAUGGUCACUGCCUUCCUUCAUCUCUUCUUCAUGGCAGCCUUUUCGUGGAUGCUGGUGGAGGGGCUUCUCCUGUGGAGCAAGGUGGUAGCAGUCAACAUGAGUGAAGACAGGAGAAUGAAGUUCUACUAUUUGACAGGCUGGGGCCUUCCAGCCGUUAUCGUGGCUGUGACCCUUGCGACUUCCUUUAACAAGUACGUGGCAGACAGCCGCUGCUGGCUGAACGUUCAGACCAACGUCAUCUGGGCCUUUGUCGGGCCGGUCCUCUUCAUCCUGGCCGUGAAUACUUUAGUGCUUUUCCGGGUGGUGAUGGUGACCGUGUCCAGCGCUCGCAGGAGAUCAAAGAUGCUGACGCCCAACAGCAGCCUGGAGAACCAGAUCGGAACACAGAUUUGGGCCACAGCCAAGCCUGUCUUGGUGCUGCUGCCCGUGCUGGGGCUGACGUGGGUGUGUGGGGUCCUUGUCCACCUCAGCAUCAUCUGGGCCUAUGUCUUCAUCGUGCUCAACUCCCUCCAGGGCCUGUAUAUAUUCCUGGUCUAUGCAAUCUAUAACAGCGAGGUGAGGAAUGCCAUCCAGAGGAUGAAGGACAAGAAGAAAGCACUCUCAUUCACAAACUGCUCUCAUCCCAUCAACUACUUAUCAAGUCCAAGAAACACGACCUCCUGGGAGACCGGGAAACUGAGUCCUGCAGCUGAGAGUGCCUUGUCGAGCCCUGUGCAGAAAGAUCCACCAGUGAAGAAUAUCACCAACAAAGGCAACUUUGGAGCCAAAAUUCCCAUGGGGAUUUCAUCAAUUAUGUCACCAGAGAGACCGGCCGUAGAGCUGACAGCAUUCAAAUCCUCAGGUUUCUGAGAGGCGGUUUCUGGGUGCCACAAUGCUGUGGUGGCCUUCGAGCAGCCUGGAGGAUGGCGGGGCAGAGGAGCUGGCUUCAUGCAGAGGGCCUCGCGUCCAGGCAGAGCUGUUAACCCUGUGCUUCUUCCUAGCAGCAUGUGCGGACAAAGCCAAGGCAGGACUGGGGUAGCUGGGGGUCUCAUGGGGCCGCUGGGCUUCGUCUGGUGCCGAAGACACCCUGCACCUCUCCGGGGCCGUGCAGAGCACCCCGCAAUGUGGCUGCUGCCCAGCCCGCGUGGCUCGCCCUUGGGUCCCCGCAGCAGCACGGCCAAGCCCAGCCGGUGGAGCCAGGAGCCCCAGGGCGCUGCUGCCUGUGUCGGUUGUGCCACCACCAGGGCUGGUUUUGCUCUGACAAGGCGGUGGUGGGAAGCUGUACUGGGGGCUGUGCCCGUGCAGGCGAGGACGCUGCUUUCCCCUGCCCUGCUCCUGCCCGGGCUGCGCUCUGCAGGGGCAGGGCUGGGGACGGGCUGCAUGGGAAGCACACGCACCAAGGAAGACAGCGGCUGGCUUCAACGCUUUUCUAAACCAGCUGACUUUAAUAGCAUCUUCUGCUGUGUUUAGGACAAUAAAAUCUCUCCCUGCUCCUCCCUGGGCUUCCCGUCUGGCUGGCGUCGCUCUCUGCUCCAGCUGGCGUUAUGUUCUCCCUCCCUCUCUGUUCUCUGCAUCGGACUGUUUUUCCUGUUACUCUCCUAGUGUUUAGAGGACAUAAAUUGUGUUGUUUUUUGCUGAUUACGAUGACAGUAAAUGCUGAUUUUUAAAGGCA